AUGGCAGUCCAAUACCUUAGCGCCGCGGCGUCGAAUUCAGCCUCCAUUGAAGAAGAAGCCCUUCGCGCCGGCAUGGUAAAAGGCGGCGCGGCAAAGGGUGAAUUGGUGCUUGCUAUCUAUGAGUUGGCAAACUGCUACCGCAACGGAUGGGGUGUGACCAAGGAUCCCGCUGCUGCUAGGCAGUAUUAUGAAACGGCUGCCAAUCUGGGAGAUACAGAUGCCAUGAACGAGGCCGGAUGGUGCUAUCUCGAAGGGUUUGGCGGGAAGAAAGACAAGGUAGGCCGCAGUGUCACUGUACUGUACUAUACUGUUUUGAUAGACGUUGAUGCUAAUGCUGAGAACCUAGUUUACUGCAGCCAAGUAUUAUAG